AUGAUUCAAAGUACUCAAACUCAAAUUAAUGCUGAAAACAAUUAUUUAGUGGCGGAAGGCAACUCAAAUCAAAAUAUUGUACAUGUGCAAAACACUGAACCAAAUGAAAAUGUUUUAAUAAACUAUAGUUACGAUAUAGGUAAGAUUAUAGACCUUGGCCCUUCACAAAUUUUGAAUUUACCCGACGAAGAAAAGUACUUGUACCUCAAAGAAACAUGGUCUCCUCCGCGAAAUUAUAAACUCCCAUGCAGUGAACAGCAGGAAGGCCAAAGAUUAGAAAGACGACACCUAAACUUAGGGCAUAUCAAUUCUUUUCCAUGGUUAGCCUUUUCUCACAUGCAUCAAGGACUGUUCUGCAAAUAUUGCGUAAUAUUUUGUUCAGUUAAAGAAAAAUUUUCUUUGAAAGGACUAGUCACAAUUCCUGUAACAAAAUUUGCCAAACUAACCGGAAAAGAUGGUAUACUACAAUCACACAAUGAUAAUAAAUAUCACAAAAACGCUUCAAUAUCAGGACAAUCUUUUCUUAAAAUGUAUAAAAACCCAUCACUAGACAUUAGAAAUGAAAUCAGUUCAAAAAGAUUAGAACAAAUUAAAGAAAAUAGAGCUCGACUGAUACCAAGUAUUAAGACAAUUAAAUUAUUAGGUCGCCAAAAUAUUCCUUUUCGUGGGCACAGGGAUGAUGGUUUAUUUUUUCCUACUGAAACCGAAUGCGAAAGCUCUGUUACAAGCAAUGAGGGAAAUUUUCGUGAGUUGUUAAAAUAUCGUAUUGAUGCAGGUGAUAAGAUUUUGGAAACCCAUUUAAAAACCUGUAGCUCAAAAGCAACGUAUAUCAGCAAAACAACUCAAAAUGAAUUAAUAGAAUCUUGUGGUACUGAAAUUUUAGUAACAAUUAAAAAUCGUAUUUUUUCUUCGAAAUAUUAUUGUAUCUUAUUUGAUGAAACAACGGACUUAUCCCACACUUCACAAAUGUCUUUAGUUGUAAGAUAUCUAUACGAUAAUAAUAUUUACGAAGAUUUUAUUGGAUUUAUUAAUUGUCAUACUGCAGCAUAUCCUGCCGAUGUUAAUGAAAUUGAAAACUUUGAUCCAGUUAUGAGAGGAAAAGUUAUUGGUCAAACAGCGCUAAAAUUAUUAAAAUCUGUUCAACUUAAUCCGUCGCUAUGUGUUGGAAUAGGCACAGACGGCUGCGAGGUAAUGGUAUCCGAACAAGUCGGAGCUGUUCAAGAAAUUAAGAAAAAAACUCUAGUUGCAGAACGUUGUGCCUGUUUUAAUCAUAUGCUGAACCUUAGUGUGUCAAAAUCGUCACAAGUUCAAGCUAUUAGAAAUUUGGUGGGCAGCAUUAAAGAAAUAGUGGCUUCCUUCAAUGCUUCCCCGAAGAGACAAUUCAUUUUGAAGAGUACCCUGAAACAUCACAUUGAAGGGUUGUGCGAAACACGUUGGACAGAAAGGCAUGAUUCCGUCUUGAGAUUUAAAAAUGAUUUUAAGAAAAUAGUUGAAGGACUGGAUAAAAUUAGUGCUUGGAGGGAAUCGGCAUCUUCCAGAAAAGCUAGUUUAUACAAAAUAGCCAUUCUUAACUUCGAAUUUAUAGUAGCCUUAUUCUGCCUGUCUGAACUAUUGUCAAUUACACAACCCCUGAGUGUUAUUUUUCAGAAGAAAAACCUAGACAAAACACAAGCUACAGACAUUUUAACUUCGACUUUACACGCUUUAAUGGAAAAAAGAUCACUCUCUGAAAAUAAUUUCAAUAAAUUAUGGGAACAAAUUGAAGAAUAUUCAGACGAUUUGGGUAUUCAUCCGCAAAUGCCUAGAUUACCAUAA